CGCGUACGCAUCCAAUCGUGCGUCCUAUGCAAAUCGUAUUUAAAAUUUCCCCGGGAAAUCUGAGUUUCGCGGGAGGGCCCUUCGCGCUUAAACUGCAUCCCCUCAUUCAUUGUCAGCUUCCUGGAGCCAUUUUUCAGUUUGUCGGUGGAGCGCUUCUCGUCUUCCUCAAAAUCCAAAGCAUCUGCCCUCUACCCGCCACCAAUAUAAACUCAUUCACGGCCAGAUGGAUAGCUGAGACUUUAAUCUCACACUCGCCGUGCGUAUUUGUGAAAUAAACGCGGCGGAUUAGCAGAAAAACGAACUUAAACUGCAAGAGGGACAAAGGACACCAGAGUCCACAACGAUGAGAAGAGGCGUCCCAUCAGCCCCGGAAAAAGUCAUAAUCGCAGGGGUUGGUGGCUCUUCGCUGGACAAAAACGCAGUUUUAACAGCACUGUCCGAUCGCUUCACAUCUAAUCUGUCCACUGCCACAUAUAUACAGAUUAUAACCCCGCCGCCAUGCAUUACACAGACCGCCAAUGUCUGCCUGUCCGAUCCACCGGCGGCCAGUUUAUACAGCACGCCGAACGGAACACAUGGAACCGGACAGCGACCCGCGUUAGGACGACCACCGGCAAAAAGACGGUUGGCACUGGAUGACUCGGAUCACCUUUACAUGAGCGAAGGAGCUAAAACACCCAAGAUACAAACAGGAACUCCACUUGGUGUUAUUAAGGGAAAUAAAACCCCGAAGUCUCCAUCAGAGAAGACGCGGUACGAUACCUCAUUGGGUUUAUUAACGAAGAAGUUCUUGCAGCUUUUGGCGCAGUCGUCUGACGGCGUGGUGGACCUGAACCAGGCCUCUGAGAUCCUUAAAGUCCAGAAGAGACGCCUCUACGACAUCACCAAUGUUCUUGAGGGGGUUCACCUCAUUAAAAAGAAAUCUAAAAACAACAUUCAAUGGAUGGGCUGCAGUCUGUCUGAAGUGGGUGGAGUUUUGUCUGAGAGAGAGACUCUGAGCAGUGAAAUAACACAGCUUGUCGAGGAAGAGCGCAGACUCGAUGAGUUGAUCCAGAGCUGCACACAGGAAGUCAAGCGGAUGACAGAGUCAUCACAUAGUCAAAAGUUUGCAUACGUAACGUAUCAAGACUUGCGUCAGGACCGUGGACUGAGAGAUCAGACUGUAAUCGUGGUCAAAGCGCCUUCAGAAACUAAACUUGAGGUGCCUGAUCCCCAAGAGGGUCUACAGGUGCACCUGACCAGCACAAAGGCUCCUAUAGAUGUCUUCUUGUGUCCAGAUGAGAACACAGUUGAAAGCCCUGUGAAAAAUGGCAACUGUGGUGUUAAGGGCAAUUCCUCGCCUUUCAUGAAAGUAUUAGAUGAUGCUUCUUCCAGUCGUUCUGGUCCAGCUGUGACUGUUACCAGCCUGUCCCCCAUCACGUCCCCAUUCACCAGUCUUCUUCAGCAAACAGAAGAUCAGAUCCCCAGCAAUGAAGGGCCCUUCAUCAGUCUGGGCACCCCACUGUUCAGUGAUGAUUACCUGAUGAGCCUCGAAGAGGAGGAGGGAAUCACAGACCUCUUUGAUGACCUGGACAGGCUUCCAAAUAUAGAUGAUCUCUUGUGCAAUUAAGGAUGUUCCUCAACCAUCUGGACUCAGGUCUGACUCGAUCAAACACCUGCUUCACUUGAGUGAUCCCAAGUUGUCAGCAGCCUUGUGUUGGGUUCACACUGCCAGUGUUUUUUAAUCACAGUAGAUCACUGGUCUCCAAGCUGUUGGUUUCUUGUAUGUGGUCUUACUCCUCCGUGGCAUCCACCUGUUUGCAGAUAGCGGGCUGCUAUCUGCACUUUAAUUGGUUGCCACAUUGCUUUGCUGCUUGUAUGCAUCAUCAUUGCUGAUGCCAAAAUGACUUUUUGAUUGUACGGAUCACUGGCAGUGUGAACAGAUGGGCUUCCUAAACCAGGAUUUCUCUCUUAACAUCUUUACUUUUAGAUCUGCCUCACAGAGCCAGAAAUCAAAAUUAAAUCUUCGCCCCCAAUCUUCACCGUUCUCUUUUUUACGAGCUUCAUGGAAACGGAUGUGUUGGUAAUUUGCUCUGAAUGUGGUAAUGUUCUUAAGCGUUAACCAGGGUUAAGGUAAAUGAAACUAAGCUGUAAACGUGCAGGCGAUUUCCCAGGUAGACACUGACAACUGCUAAAGCUGAAAUAAUAUCAUCUUUUGCCUCAACCUAUGUAUUGAAUUUAAGACAUUCAUUCAAACCUAUCGUAAUUAUUUCUGCUUUAAAAAGUGACACUUGGGUGACUCUCGCAAAUAAAUGUUUUACCACAAACCCAAAAGACACAUUUUGCAUAUAAAAGGAAACUUAUGAUCAGGACCAUGAAGGUUUGCUCUAUUCUUUGAAUUGUGGCAUUUAUAAAACUGCCAAUUUAACAUUCUUAUUAAUUUUAAGAUGCAUAUAUAUGAAUAUAUAUAAACAAUAUUUAAACAAGCAAAAAAAUAAAAAAAUAAAUAUAUUUUCUGCAUAACAGUAAUGAGAUCGUAGUCUCAUUCACAAUGAGCUUUGAAGGUCAUAGUGGUGGUCUUAAAAAUUGGCUCAAUUUUUUUGCAAAUGUUUCUCUUUACCUUAUUAGGGUAAAUAUCAGGGUGUACAUAUCCUGAAUAUUUCUUAUGUAUUUGUGAGAUUCACUCACAAAGGGUCACUGUUGGCUUAUGUCAUGCUGUCAUGCAGUUCCUGUCAUUGUAUUCAGGUAGAUCAGUGAUAAUUUGCAUUGGUAACUUAAACGUUUGUCAGAUUUUAGACUUAUGACAUCAGUACAGUGCAUUAAUGGGAAAAUUAAAUGUGUGUGUUUGAACUGAAGGAAGUAAAGUCCAGAAUUGUAUGGUUUGUGAGCUGUCAACACACCUCAAGAGUGCCUGCAGACGUCUUUUAGUGGAUUCUUUAAUGCUACCUAUACCAUAUUGUUAUAAUGAAACAGAAAAGUCUUAUUUGUUUGUUUCCCAUCGCUUAACCUGCUUUUAAAUGCAGGGCAGGUGCCCUUGGUCAAGAAGCCAUUUGUAAAUUGUGUGGUAUACUUAGUAAAAUCAAUAUCAUUUUUAUAAGGCACUAGGUACUAUGUUCUACCUCUAAACCUAUGUUUAUGAUAUAUAAUUUACAGAAAUAUGUCUUUAUUAUAAUUAUUAUUUUAUUCUUUAUCAUCCCCUGAACAAAUUGACUCAAUCCCACCUAGUAGCCACAUGAAACGGCUCCAUCCUUGGAUGCACCUGGAUGGUGUUUUUGGUUGGAUGAUCUUGCCUUUUCUUCUCAAACUGAUUGUUGCUUAUAAUGAAAUAGAAAUUUUCUUUUUUGUUUUCAUGACAUCAUGCUACUGCAUCUUAAAAUAAUGCUUGGAUUUUUUUUUUAUAGUUAUGCGGUUGAGUAGCUUUUCGUACUAGGUUUUGCAUCGACCCUUAUCCCACUGUAGGGCAAUGUAACAUACUUGCAGGUUUUACAUAAUAAUAAUAAGUUGCUUAAAUCGGUACACUGUAAAAAAAAAGACUUAGGGUUUGUCCACACAAAGCCGGUGCAUUCCCUAUCCGAUCAUUUUUUUCCUCGUUCUAAAAAAAUAAUCAGUAAACACGGCGUCGUCUCAAGAAAUAUCUGCGCACACACGAAACCACUGAAACCAACUGAAAGCGGUGUAGUAUAUAUGCCAGACCAGUAUGGGGCGCUGUAAUUCUGCCACAGAUAUACACUAUACACAGAGAAGAAGACUUUGAGCAUGCGCAUAACCUUGCGUGCUGUAUACGAACCAAGAAGAAGAAGUGAUGGCGAAUGCAACAACUUCAAGUGCAAUAGCUGAGUUUUUCUCCUGGUUGUCUUCCGCGGUGGAUCUAAGAGCAUGUGGCGUAUGGUGUUGUCCAUUAUCGCUUGUUGCUCACCACAAUUGCAAUGAAGCAAAAGAUUAAGCUAGUAAUACAGCUAGUAGGCUUAGUAGCUUCUGUAGCACGAACACAAUCAUGUAGUCCGCCAUUAUUGUUGUUGCUGUUACGUGUGACCCUGCCGACACGUGAUGUGAUGACGUUUUCGCUUCACAAAAUACGGAUUGGCUGUACACACGAAACCGCAAGGGUGUCGAUUUCAGAUUUAUCCAGUUUCAAAAAAUAGCGGUUCCAGUCUCCCAAAACGCCGGAUCCGUGUGGACGAAACGCCAAUACGAUAAAAAAAACGUAUACAGUGAUACGCGUCUCCGUGUGGACAGCCCCGUAGUUACCUGGCUGCUUUAAAAUUUUGAAUUAAUUCAACUUAAAAAUAUUAGUUGACAAUUAUUUUUUUUUAGAUAAUAAUAUAAGUUGAAUUAACUCAAGAUUUUAAUGCAACCAGAUAACUUUCUUCUUAAGUUGAACCAACUUUUUACCAGUGUAUGAAGCCGGUUUCAAGCAGGAUUCAAGGAUGGUGGCGAGUGAAUGAACAUAUUGAGUAUAAGAAGAGUUUGGUAUGAUUUGUAAUGCAGAUCAUUGCAUAAAGUGUCUGUUUAUGACACUAAUACACAUGCCAGUUUUGACGUUCAUUUAUAAACCUUUAUCUUGAUUUUUUUUGAAGCCCCAUCAAUGUCAAGGGUAUUUUAGCUCUAUUUCUUGCACAAACUCCAGAAUUUAUCAUUGUAAAUAUCCACAAGUGAUGGUGAAGCUCUUCCAUAUUUAUUUAACAAAAGAAUUUAACAUGAAUUUUACUUAUUUAAUUUACUAAAAUUAAAACUAUACUCAUCAAUGAUAUUUUGAUACCACAUGCAGUUUCUUUACGUGCUGUUCUGUUUGUUACUCUUUUCCCCUUUCAAUCUUUUUGUUUCCGCAUGUUUUGAUCUCAUUCUUGUUAAUACUGAUUCAGUUAUAGGAAUGGAUGAGAUGAAUAUCUGUAUGUUUCACUUUGCUAAAUAUAAUGAACACAAUUCUGUUCACAAUGUAUUUUCUAUUGUAUACAAGCAUGAAUGUGACUAUGGUGUGAAAACGUGUAAAAUAUUAGGUUUUUAUUUCUAUUGUGUGAUAUCGUUUGAUUGAAGAAUUAGCUUUGUAUAUGAAAGUUUGUUGACUGCUUUGAAAUAAAUUGUACAUAAAUAUUUGAAAAAGAGGCUUCUAGUAGGAAACAAUUGAUGGUAAUUUGUCUUUUAUUAAGAUGGCUUGUGAAGAACAUUAUCAAAUUAAAGCAAUAUCAUGACAAUGCA